CAGGAAUGGGCCGGUCCGCUACGGGCCAUCGAAAUGGCUUAGGCAGGUCGUAAUGGAUUCCCAAAAAAAAGAGUAGCAGUGACGACCCUUUUAUACUGCGUUCGUGCCAUUCGUUCUUCCACUCCACUCCUCGCACACCACACACACUCCUCCUCCUCCCUCCCCUCCCCGCAAAAGCAAAUCCCCAGCAAUCCCCUCAAAAUGCGUACCACCGCCCUCUUCGCCAUGCUGCUGCCGCUGGCCAGCGCGCACUUCACGCUCAACUACCCGGCGGACCGCGGCGACAACGGCGAGACGCAGUCCUCGUCGCCGUGCGGCGGAAUGAACACGCCGUCGUCGAACCGCACGCGCUGGCCCACCACUGGCGGCGCCGUCAGCUUCGAGGCCGGCCACGACGAGGCAAACACCGCUGUCUACCUCGCCCUCGGAAAUAACCCUACCAAGGACGACUUCACUAUCGUCCUCAAGGAUACCUUCCUCCAGGUUGGACUCGGAACGUUCUGCUGGAACGAACUCGAGGUCCCGAGCAGUGUCAAUGCCACGGAUGGCCAGAAUGCUACUAUUCAGGUCGUCCAGCAGGGCCAUGACGGUGGUGGGCUCUACAACUGCGCCGACAUCACCUUCACCUCAGCCAGUGUCCGAGUCGAUACCUGUUCGAACGGUACGGCCGUUGCUGUCGGUCUCCUUGCUUGGCUUCUCUAGAUGAUGAUGGUGGAUGAUACAUAUGGUUGGUUGUACAUGAUAUUACGAUGACGAGGUUGCGGGCGGGGGUCGAAACUCUACUACGAUUGUGUAUGUUUCGCAUGGCU